AUGACUCCACUUGAUGUGAUCCUGGGUACUCUGUACCUUUCUCAGACAGGACUCGGGGUCCUGGGGAACUCCAUGCUCCUGUCCUUUUUCAUCUUCACUAGCCGUAAGCUGAGGCCGACAGACCAGAUCAUUAGCCACCUGACUGUAGCCAACAUCCUUUUCCUGCUUUCCAGGGGAAUCCCAAUGACAAUAUCUGCAUUUGGAGUGAAAGAUUUCCUGGAUGAAACCUGGUGUAAAAUUGAUUUUUACAUUCACAGAGUCAGCUGGGGUCUUUCUCUCUGUAUCACUUGCCUGCUGAGUGGCUUCCAGGCAAUUGUCAUCAGCCCCAUUAGCUUUCCAUGGGAAGGGGUCGAAUUCAGAGCCCCCAGGUACAUCAUCUCUUCCUGUCUCUUCUGCUGGCUCAUCAACCUGCUCAUAGAAGCUGGCACAGCCAUAGGCAUGGCCAGUCCACAGAGCAAGAAUACCAGUUUCACAAUUGACCUCAUUUUCUGUACCUGGAAAGACCCAAGUAGCAAUUUUGGGUUAUUGACCGCCUUCCGAGAUGUGUUCUGUGUGGUACUGAUGGUGUGCACAAGUGGUUACAAGGUGUUUCUCCUAAGGAAACACCACCAUCAAGUCAAGCACCUACACAGAACCAGCAGCUGCCCAAGGGCCUCCCCAGAGAUCCGGGUCACCAGGUCCAUCCUCCUGCUGGUGAGCACCUUUGCCUCCUUUUACUUAGUCAAUGGCAUCUUUUCCAUGUACUACAACUACUUUCUAUAUUCCAUUUCUUGGCUAGUUCCUGUGUCUGUGUUUCUGGUGCAAUGUUUCCCAACCAUCAGCCCCUUCCUCCUGAUCUCCAGGGAUAGCCAAAUGGCCAGGGCCUGUUGUGCUCCCUGA